UACGAGUGCAGGUUUUGUCCCCUCAAGUACUGCAAAUCUCAAGCCCUCGGUGGUCACAUGAACCGCCACCGCCAAGAGAGGGAGACAGAAACGCUAAACAAGGCUCGUCAACUGGUCUUCACUACCGAUCUUGCUCCUGCCCACAUUGGUUAUGUUUCUGGUGGGCAGCCGAUUACACACGGAGGAGGAUAUCAUCAAGGCGGCGGCGGCGGCGGCGACCCAUCGUUGACCUUCAGAUCAAUGUACCCACCGCCGACGAGAUUGUUUUCCUCCUCCUCGCCCCUCAUUCCACAACCACCACCACCUCCGCCGCCACAGCCUCAGGCGGGGCAACCCUACAUGUACGCUUCUCCUCCUCACCUACUGUCUUUCCACCCUCAAUAUCCGGCGCCGGCGAACAACGACUACUUCGUGGGGCAUGUCCUCAGCUCGAAUCCCAGCAGCUGCUACGGCAGCGGAGGAGGAGGAGCAGCAGCCACUGCAAACGAGGGUAACUACACCUGCAUCGGAGCUCCGGUGGGGCAUGGAUUCGCAAACGGCGGUGGUGGUGGUGGUGGUGACGUGUCGCUGCACAUGAAUCAGGAGGAUGGCCAAAUGAACUGGGGCCGGAGGUAGAGAUCGAGAGAUCGAUAAGGACAACAAUUGAAUCAAGAUUGAUAUAUUUUGUCUAAUAUAAUAUAUAAUAUAUGUAUUUUGUG